AGAUGGUUCUCGUCCUUCUCCUGCUGAUGACCUGGAAGACCGAGGUGUCCGCAUUCCCGCUGGAGCUCCCCUCCUCGCCGUCCCCGCUGGCUUACAUGCUGAGGCUCUACCACGGGCACCAGCCCCGCGCCCACAUCGUCCGCAGCCUGAAAGCCCAAGACGUGGUGAUGGAGGGACAGCACUGGACGUUCGCUUUUGACUUUUCCUUCCUGACCCAAGAGGAGAAACUGGCGGGCGCCGAGCUCCGGCUCCAGCUGGCGCCCUCGGGGGACCCUCCGGCGGAGGCCCCGAUCUUGGUGGAGAUCUUUCACCAGCCGCGGUGGGAGGACGAGGACGAGGACGAGGACGAGGCGCCGGCCUGCCCCGAGAGACGCCGGCUGGCUUCCUUUGUGGUCACCGACUCCCACGUCAGCUUCUCCUUGGACGGCGUGGUCCUGAGGGUGACAGAGGCCCUGGUCAAAGGCCUCGGGGCCCUGAGCGGCGCCGAGGACGCGCCGAGCGCGGCCCGGACGGACGCAGCGGGCAAGGAGUGCGGGCGCCGGGCCCCGGAACCCCCGGUCUCCGACGUGCUGCUCACGCUGUACUCCAACACGUCGGAGCAGCGAGGGCGGCCGGGCGGCUCCACGCUGCUCUGGGAGGCGGAGAGCUCGUGGAGGGCCAGGGAGGGCCGCGUCUCCCAGGAGAGAAGCAAGAGGAAGCACCGACGGCGGAACGGACUCACCGUCCCGCAGUGCAGGAGGGUCAGGUUCCAAGUGGACUUCAACCUGAUCGGCUGGGGCUCGUGGGUGAUCUACCCCAAGCAGUACGAGGCCUUCCGCUGUGAGGGAGAGUGUCCCAACCCCAUGGAGGAGAGAUUUAGCCCCACCAAUCACGCCUACAUCCAGAGUUUACUGAAGUUCUACCAGCCCCACCAAGUGCCCUCCACAUGCUGCGCUCCUGUGAAGACCAAGGCUCUCAGCAUGUUGUACCUGGAGAACGGCAAAGUCCUCCUGGACCAUCACAAGGACAUGAUAGUGGAGGAGUGCGGCUGCCGCUGAAAAGACCCCAGGGACGUUAGAGGGCCGUUCGAGUCAAAUCUCGACUCUGCUGUUGGCGAGGUUCCCCGCAGUGCGGGGAAGGCCAGGAGAGAAUGACACGAGAAGGACUCGGUGUCCACCAGAGUUGAGGUGAUUUGAAUCUGGCUCGAGAGACAAUUUUUGGAAGGGGACAACGGGACACUCGAAGCUCCGGUUGAGGAGCUUGCCCUGUUUCUUCCUUA